AUGGAGUUAGUGGGUAUCAAGCAUCAAAACUUCCAUAUCACUGAAAUACUGUUUGGCGUAUUGGUGCUGGGAUUCUUGAAUUUACGAACGGUGCAAUGUGGAUCAGAUAAAAAUUUGCAGGGCAUUGAAUAUUCGGCUUUGAGUUGCCGUAAACAUACUGCUUCUUUGGUGGAUUUCGGCGGUGUUCCUGAUGGAAAAACCUCUAAUACAAAAGCGUUUAAAGCUGCUAUCGACAAACUCAGUACUUUGGCCGGAGAUGGUGGAGCUCAGCUCGUUGUUCCUCCUGGAAAGUGGUUGACUGGUAGUUUUAAUCUUACUAGUCACUUUACACUUUUCAUCCAACAAGGUGCCACCCUUCUCGCAUCUCAGGAUGAAUCAGGAUGGCCUCUUCUUCCUGCGUUGCCCUCUUACGGUGACAAAAGUUCUCCAGGAAGAUACAGUAGUCUCAUUUAUGGAACAAAUCUUACAGACGUGAUAAUUACAGGUAACAAUGGGACCAUUGAUGGGCAAGGCAAACCUUGGUGGGAAAAGUAUAAAAAGGGUGAAUUUAAAAACACCCGUCCAUGUCUGAUUGAGAUCGUGUACUCUGAUCAUGUCCAGAUUUCUAAUGUAACUCUGAUAGAUUCACCUGCAUGGAAUGUGCAUCCGGUUUACAGCAGCAAUAUCCUAAUCCAAGGAGUCACAAUUCUUGCACCAAUUGAUUCUGAAAAUACAGAUGGGAUUAAUCCAGAUUCUUGCACAAACACUAGAAUUGAAGAUUGCUUCGUAGUCUCAGCAGAUGAUUGCGUUGCCGUUAAGAGUGGUAUUGAUCAGUUUGGAAUAAAAUUUGGAAUGCCAACCCAACAACUGAUCAUCAGAAGGCUCGCAUGCAUUUCGCCACGCAGUGCUGCAAUCGCUCUUGGCAGCGAGAUGUCUGGAGGAGUCAAAGAUGUCAGAGCUGAAGACAUCGUAGCAAUCAACACAGAAUCUGGUGUUAGAAUUAAGACAGCCAUUGGAAGAGGAGGCUACGUUAAGGACAUAUUUGUAAGGAGAAUGACAUUGAAGACCAUGAAGUAUGUGUUUUGGAUGGCAGGCGACUAUAAGUCACACCCGAGUCCUGGUUUUGAUCCGCAUGCUCUUCCUAAAAUCGAAAACAUAAACUACAACGAUAUAACGGCCGAAAAUGUCACACUUUCGGCUAGCCUCGAGGGAAUUCAACAAGAUCCUUUUGCUGGAAUAUGUAUUUCUAAUGCGGAGAUUGGCUUGAGCGAAAAAGCAAAGAAGUUGCAAUGGGAUUGCAGUGAUGUGGCUGGAGUUACGAGCCGGGUUACGCCCAAAGCUUGCACUUUGCUGCCAGAAAAGGAACAACCUAUGGAUUGUCCUUUCCCAGAUGAUAAACUACCAAUUGAGGAUAUUCCGCUGCAAAAAUGUACAAUAUAG